AUGUCUUCCCGCGCCUCUGUCAAGUCUCCUACCCCCGGAUCCUCAUCCACCUCUGGAGGAAAAGCUCCUCAGAGCCUGGCCCAGGAAGUCGAGGACCAGAAAAUGAAGGACGACUCAGACAGCGAGGACGACACCGAAGAACUCAAACGACAGCUCGACAAAACCACCAAGGACUUCAAGGAGAUGCGCGACAUGUUCAACCAAAACGCCACUGCUCUCAAGGAACUUCAGGAGCAAGCGCGCAAGACUCAGGAACUUGAGAAGGAAGUCAACACCCUUCGAGCUGCCGCCAACGUGAUUUCCGCCCCGGUCGAAGGACGCGAACGCCUCAAGCUCAACACCCCCUCUACCUUCGACGGGACCCCAGGACAACUUAAAGGACACUUGGUUCAGGUACGGACCUACCAAGCCUUCCACAUCAACACUUUCCAGAACGACACCGAACGCGUGGUGCACGCGGCCACUUUCCUACGAGGAAGAGCCCUCGCCUAG